AUGGGCCAGGCCGCGGCGGGCGCGCACGCGCGGCUCGUGGACGGCUGCGGGCCGCAAGGCCCUGCGGGCUGCGGCGCCGCGGCGUCCUCCUCGAGCGGCGUGGCCGUCGUCGCCGAGGAGACUCAGGACGGCUUCAAGGCAGAGGCCAUCCGGGCCCUCCGCGCGGAGCUCCAGCAGCGGCUGGCCCAGCACGGGCCAGCCCACGCCGCCGUGGGGCUGGCGCUGCUGCGGCUGGGCCGGGCCCACCGGCUCUUCGGCGCGCCCCGGGACGCCGAGGACGCCAGCCACGGUUUCUUGCUGAGGGCGGUGAGCGUGCUGGAGAAGGCGGCGCCGCAGCCAGGGCUUCCCGACCCAGAGGCGCUGCUGGCCGAGGCGCUGAUCGAGCUGGCCGCCCUCCGCAGCCAGGACGGCGAGAGGAAGGCCUGGCUGCGGCGCGCCUUGGCCAUCCACGCGCGGCGAGGAGGUGAUGGCGGCCCCGAGGCAUCGGCUACCCGCGCGAGGAUCGGCAUCGCGUGCGAGGAGGCCUCCGAGCGGCUGCCCCUCCUGCAGCUGGCGCUGGAGGGGCUCGAGAGGGCACACGGCCAGAACCACCCGCAGGUGGCCGCCGCCCUCGCGGGCCUGGCGGCGGCCCACGGGGCGCUGGGCAACAGGCGACUGCAGAAGGAGUUCUUCGAGCGCUCGAUCCUGCCGAGGGAGACCAUGACCUACUCCCUCAGCCACCCAGAGCUGCCUGGCCAGCACAGGGGCCUGAGGGUGGAGCAGAUGAAGUUGUCGCUGGAGGAGCUCCGGCAGCGGCGGGAGCAGGCCAGGCGGUCCCUGGAGUCCGAGGAGAGCUCCGUCGACCCGACCCACCCGGAGGUGGUGGAUACCGCGUUCGAGCUGGGGUGCCUGCACCUGCGGCUCGGGGAGGCGGCCGCCGCCGCGCCGCUGCUCGAGAGGGCGCUGCGCGCCAGGGACGGCGGCGGGGCCCGCGCUCCGAGGGAGGCCGCCGCGGUGCUGGCGCACCUGGCGGCCGCCUACGGCGAGCUGUGGGACACUGGGCGGCAGCUCGAGGCGCCGCGGGAACGCAGCGGGGAGGCGGUC